CCUCGAUGUGAUACAUCUGAUCCCACCACACAACCACCACAGUGACCCUCUGCGGGUGUAAACGUUUCAUAUGCGGUGGAAAGACGGGGAAACGCGGGAAAUAUAAUCCACUGGCUCCAUCGCGAGGAUGAAAAUAGCAUCAAUUACUCCCUCUCGGCCGGCUGCCGGGGUGAUGGCAUCAUAUCGAGUAUCUUUAGCCUAUUCCUCAAGAGUUUUCAGCCAAUGAUGCCCGGAUUUACUAAGAAUAGGCAUGAAUCGAGACUAGAGAGAGGACAGACCAACUUGCCAUCCAUCCCUGGUCGGUCCGACCACUCCGGAGAGGGUGCUUUGACUGUCCUGGCAGACAAUAGUCCAACGCACCAGUAUCCUACUACUCCCAAGGUUCUCUCCGGUCGGGCUUGUAUCUACAAUCGGAUAGAGCGCAUCUGUCUGAGUCCGAGAACACAAACGAAGCAAAAGAUGGUUCGGUAGUCUAGACUACCCGAUCAGCAGACUGCUGGACCCCGCGGAAAAGCCUAUCUGAGUUUAUUUUGCCUGAAGAGCGGCGUGCUGAUCAGCGCGGGAUCCUUUGGUAUCGGAGAUGAAGCUCCGAUUAGCUAACUCUUGACUCUCGAAGUUGUGGCGAUGGUGUUCGGGAAUGGGGAGAGUGCGCGAUAUGCCGUGCCUUUUCCACGGAAUGACGAGUUGUCUCUCGGGACCGAGAGGGAUUAUUCGGUUUCCAAUGGAUCCUAAUCGAUCACGUAAGAGGAUUUGAUUUUCCGAGUGGCACGACCGGUUUGCUCACAGACCAC